CCGAAACGCCGGGAGGGAGCGCAGAGCAGCGUGUGCACCCGCCGGACCAGAAUCCUUUUGUUUGGACACAUCUGUGGUAGAGCACAGUAGAGCACCCUUGAGUUCCACUCACCUGCCCCCUACUCCUUCAGGGAUGGAGGCAAUGGCAGCCAGCACUUCCCUGCCUGACCCCAGUGACUUUGACCGGAAUGUACCUCGGAUCUGUGGCGUGUGCGGAGACCGAGCCACAGGCUUUCACUUCAAUGCUAUGACCUGUGAAGGCUGCAAAGGCUUCUUCCGUCGUAGCAUGAAACGGAAGGCACUGUUCACCUGUCCCUUCAACGGGGACUGUCGCAUCACCAAAGACAAUCGGCGCCACUGCCAGGCCUGUCGACUCAAACGCUGUGUGGACAUUGGCAUGAUGAAAGAGUUCAUCCUGACAGAUGAGGAGGUGCAGCGCAAACGAGAGAUGAUCCUGAAGCGGAAGGAGGAAGAGGCCUUGAAAGACAGCCUACGGCCCAAGCUGUCGGAGGAACAACAGCAUAUCAUAGCCAUUCUGCUGGAAGCCCACCAUAAGACCUAUGACCCCAGCUACGCCGACUUCGGCCAGUUCCGGCCUCCAGUUCGUUUGGAUACGAGUGAAGGGAGCCAUUCUCCAAGGUCUACAUCUAGCCUCUCCAAAGACUCAUCCUUCUCUACUGGUGUAGAUCUCUACACCUCCUCUCUAGACAUUAUGGAGCCCUCCAACUUCUACCUGGAUUUGAAUGAAGAAGACCCAGAUGACCCCUCGGUGACACUGGGCCUGUCCCAGCUCUCCAUGUUGCCCCAUUUGGCUGAUCUGGUCAGUUACAGUAUCCAAAAGGUCAUUGGCUUUGCCAAGAUGAUCCCAGGAUUCAGGGAUCUCACCGCUGACGACCAAAUCGUGCUGCUGAAGUCCAGUGCCAUCGAGGUGAUCAUGUUGCGCUCUAACCAGUCCUUCAGCAUGGAUGACAUGACCUGGGACUGUGGCAGCCAGGACUACAAAUACGAUGUGACUGAUGUGACCAAAGCGGGACACAACCAGGAGCUGAUUGAGCCCCUCAUCAAGUUCCAGGUGGGGUUGAAGAAGCUGAACUUGCACGAGGAGGAACAUGUCCUGCUCAUGGCCAUCUGCAUUGUCUCCCCAGACCGACCUGGAGUACAGGACCGCAAGCUGAUUGAAGCCAUCCAGGACCGUCUGUCCAACACACUGCAGACCUACAUCCGCUGCCGCCACCCACCCCCGGGCAGCCACCUGCUCUAUGCCAAGAUGAUCCAGAAGCUGGCCGACCUGCGCAGCCUCAAUGAGGAGCACUCUAAGCAGUACCGCUGCCUCUCCUUCCAGCCCGGGAGCAGCACGAAGCUCACACCCCUUGUGCUUGAGGUGUUUGGCAAUGAGAUCUCCUGACCAGGCUGGCCUGCAGUGGGGCCUGGGUAGGGGUCCUCUUCCAGGGGCCCUAAUGCCCAAGCCUUGAGGGGCACCUCCCACCCCUUCUGUCAUCGCUCCCCUCCACCUGGCCCAGUCUAAUUCCAAGUCCCCUUUUCUUGGAGGCCACAGGCUGUCCUUUGUUCCUUGAGAUCUCAGUCAUAAGAGCUUGUUGUUUAUUUGACCAAGAAACUCAUGUGGGCGCGGAGGGCAGAGGCUGGAGAGUGGAGGCAGAGCCUCGCCCCAGGACACCCUACCACCACCCCUUCGGUUGGCUGCUCACUGGUGCUGAGAGAAGGUAGGCAGGAGAAAUGUGCCCCAUUUCUCAGGAACUGGGAUACCUGUACUCCCCCCAGCUCCAGACCCACCCCUCCAGCAUCUGGUAGGGAUCCCCUUGCCCCUGCCCCAAUUCCCUCCCUCCCUCCCUCCCGACACCUCAUUUCAUCUUUCCCUGCUGCCAGUCUGAGUUGGUGUCCCAGCUCAGUGGACCCCACACAGUACACUCUCCUCUGCCUGUCUUCAUAUCCCUGAUCCCUGAUAGUCCAGGGCAACCAAGCACAAGAGAAUGAGGGUGGUGCUCCUCCCCAUGUCCAGCCUCCCUGACUGAAGGAUGCAUGUCUAGCUCCACCAUGCUACCUUCCUCCUCUUGUCAUGGUCUUUGGUUCACAGGCAGCAGCUCCUCCGGUACAGGGGGAGACCCCAGGAAGGUGACUUGCUAGGCCCAGGCAAUGGAGAGCAGAUAAAAACCACCACAACAGAUGGUAGCUCCUCUACUGUCCCUGUCACAAAGCCCAGAGCUCCUGGGCUUGAAUCAAAGGGUUGGAUUGGACACAGCUCCUCUCCCAGCCGCUCAUGUGGCCAGACUCAAGUUACCCUUGGGUUGCAAGGGUAACUUUUCUCCUCACCCUGACAGUGCCCUACUCCCUUUCCCCCUCCACCCCCCCCCUCCUCUUUGGCCCCUUCAGGGCUUUUCACCACUGAUGACCAAGAGUGAGCCAGAAGUCAGCCCAGUGUCCCCCCCCCACUGCACCCCCAUACAGAGCAGCCAUUGCCCCUCCUUCUUGCUUCCCUGUGGGCCUUCCACCUCUCCUCCUGGCUGAGUGGAUGGAGAACUUGUAGCUGCCCAGAUGUGUGUCCACGCCUACUGUUGAUCUCAUUGGUCAUCUCACUGUAGAGACAGAAGGGGUCCAGCCCUGGGAUUAGAGGCAGCUAGCUGGAGUAUGCCAGGGGAGUGCGGUGAUUUGGUCUAGUUCUCACUGUACCACCCCCAAAGUAAAAGGGAGGGUCUGUGAAGCAGGCAAGGAAAACGUCCACCCAAUUCCAUUUCCCCCUCAGUAGUCAUCCUGCUGUGGAGAGGGCAGCCCUCACCUACUCAGCCCUGGUGAGCCCCUGGCUGAGCAUGGGUUGCAGGGAUGGGGGCAUCUGUACAGAGGGGAUUCUCCCAGAAAGACCCACGGAUCAUCCUCAAGGUGACUGGUUGAGCCAGGCACUGGUGGUACGCGACUGUAACCAUAGCUACUCAGGCUGAGAUCUGAGGAUUGUGGUUUGA